AUGGACGAGCCAGAUGGGCUGCUUAGCCCCAGGGGCUCCCUCUGGCGCUCCGACGUCUUCGCCUUGCUGCACGCCGAUGAGGCCUCCACGGACGUGCGGUUGGGGCCCCAGUACCAAAUCGAGGAGCUGCCGGGUCCUGGGGCCCCCGAUGGCCCCAUCCCCCCUAGUUUCUGGGCCGAGGCCCUGGCGACCUCCGACUGGCACCCACUACCCACCUUCAGCGCAGCAGACGUCGCGGCCUUCAACCUGGCCAUGAAACUGUUUGAUCGAGAUUUUAGGGCGGUUUCCAAGCUGGUCCAACGCUCGGAGGCCGAAUGCGUGGUCUUUUACUACAAGGUGUUCAAGCACAGCGUGGUGGGGAAGCGGUACAGGCAGCUAUACCGCAGCGGGCACACCGGCGAUGAGCUGCUGCGUGGGCGCAAGCUGGUCACCGCCAUCCUCCCCACCCUCGCGGCCGCGGGGCGCCUGGACGCGGCGGGGCAGAGCAUGCUCAAGCACGCGGCCGACGACUACGGCCGGCGCGCGCUGCCCCUGCAGGUCUUCGUCCCCGCGGUGGUGGCGCUGACGGGGCGCGAUGCGUUUGUGCGAGGCGUGGAGGCCGCAGGCGUGGCGGCCGAGGACCCCGGCGACCCGGGCUUUCUGCUCAGCCCGCGCGCGGUGGACAGCCUGGUGGCCACGAGCUUGCCGCUCAAGGCCGUGUUCUGGGACAGCACCACGCCGCUGUGGCGCAAGGACCGCCAGGCCAACAUGCUGAUGUGCAACGCCUGCGGCAUCUACUACAAGAACCACGGCCGGCACCGGCCCGUGGAGCUGGUGGCCGCGCCGGCACGCGCGGCGCCGGGGUCGAACGCGCUUUCCACCCGGACCCAGCCGCCCGUCAUCGCUGGGAUCGGCGCCGGCCAGCACUCCCCGCCCCAGCCGACCGCCUCCGCGCCGCCGGCCGUCUCGCCGGCGGCGGCGCCGCCCGCACGGCCGCCGUCACGGCGGCGCACGGCGGCGGCCGCCGCGCUGGACAGCGACGCCAGCGACCUGGAGAGCGAGAGCCGGGCCUGGCCCGGUCGCCACGCGCCGGAUUCGGCGGAGGAGAGCGAGGGGCUGGCGCCGUCGCGCCCGGUGGCGGCGCGGGUCGGCGGCGACGAGGCGGCGCGCGUGUCGCUCAUCGAGCGGCUGUCCGCCUCCAGCCAGGAGCCGGUGUCCGGGGCGUCGCCCUCUCCGGCCGCCUCCGCCAGCCUGUUCCCGGGGCCGCAUGAGGAGCUGCUCAGCGCGCUGGGGCACCCGCCGCUGCGCAUCAUCACCCACCCCAAGCCCAUAGGCGGCCGCUACGCGAGGGACCCAGUCCAGCCGGUCGCGCUCUCCUGGCCGCCGUCCUCGCUGCUCCUGGCGGGGGAGGGGCAGGGCCAGCACCAGCCGCAGCACUAA